UGCCCACAAUAUUAACAAUUUAAGUAUUUGGUGAUAUUAAAUUAAUAAUUGUCAUUUAAUUCCGCGAUCAGGAAGUGGUAACCGUGUCCGACUCGGAGUCAAUAAUGUUGUUUUUUGACACAAACCUGCUGGUACAGCGAUUGGGAAUUAUUUGAUAAUAAUAAGCGCCAGAAUGCAUAAAGUCAUCAUGGCCACCAGCACCCCAAACACAGAGUACGUCUGUACGCUGAGUGAAGCCAGGAUCAAGCAAGCUGAAGAAGAACUCAAUGAGAAACCACAAUGGCGCAGUAGGGACAUUCAAGCACUCAGGGAUAUGGUCCUCAAAAAACCAGAGCUAAAAAUCAGAACAGAUGACGCCUUUCUGCUGCGAUUUUUACGUGCAAAAAAGUUCGAUUACGAUCGAGCAUUUAACCUACUCGUCAGACACUACGAGAUGAAAGCUGAUGAGAAAAACAAGUCACUGUUCUUGAACCUACGACCGGCAAGCAUUAAACAUGUCCUGGAAGCUGGUGUAACUGGUGUUUUGCCACACAGAGACAAAUUAGGGCGGCGGGUUAUUAUGUUCAGACCGGGGAGAUGGGACCCUUCGAAGUAUCCUAUUGAUGACAUCUUCAGAACAAACUUUUUAACCCUGACAACACUUUUGGAGGAAGAAGACACACAGGUUGCUGGGGUAAUCAUGUGUUUGGAUCUAAACGGAAUGGGCUUCUCACACGCCAAAACUAUAUCGCCAUUUUAUGCUAAACGGAUUUCAAGCAUUUUACAGGACUGUUUCCCCAUGCGAUUCAAAGGGAUUCAUUACCUGAAUGAGCCCGCUGUGUUCGACUACAUAUUUGCAAUAAUGAAACCAUUCCUGAAGGAAAAGAUUCUUAGCAGAGUACAUUUCCAUGGCAACAAGUACCACGAGUUGAAAGAGUAUAUUGACGAGGAACACUUGCCAUCGGACUAUGGAGGCCAAGGGCCGCCUUUUUCCAACGAGGAUUGGAUGAAAACCCUGAUGGACUCCGAUUCCCAUUUUGACUCUGAAGCAAAGUAUUGCUUGGUUAAAUCGACUGGAAAAUCAGAAACAUCGAAAGAGACAACGGUGGACUGUUUAGCUGGAUCGUAUAGGAAUCUUGACAUAGAAUAGUCGCAACGUAUCUAAAUGAUUAUGAAGUGCAACUUACAGGGUUCUCGCUGUUUCCUUUUUUAUGAUCUUGAAAUUUGAAUGUUAAGCUCGGCUGUUUUCGGAGAAAACCCGAGGUAUUGUCAUAGCCAGCUUGUCCCCUGUCCGCUGUGCUUAAACCUUAACAUUGGCUCUAAAAUCAAAGUGCUUCCACUAACAACUUAGAAACUUCAUAUGUAGCUGCGCCUUGAUGAUUUCUACAUGCCCCUAUUUUUGGGUCACAAGGUCAACGGUCAAGGCCACUGUGACCUCUAAAAAAAAAUAUUCUGACAAGCUUUCAUUUAUUCAAAACUGCACCCGCAGCUGAGCGUUGGCACCAGCUAUGCCGUGCUCUUGUUUUUGUUAACAAGCAGUCGGGCUGUUCAUUAGUGCCUUAUGCAUACAUGCUGUAUGUUUUUGACGAGAAUCAUUUCAAAUAGAUCAACAUGUAUUCACUUAUUGUUAAAGCGGGUCUUUAAACCACUAGGUAAUAUUAUGUCGAGAAUACAGGUUGGUUUCUUUGUUAGUGAAUUAUAUUUAUUCCUUAGAGUGGAGCUAUUUUCAUGUCCAUUAACACAACCGGUAUGAGCUUGGAACUUAUGUAAACAGAAGGCCUUGUAGUCAAAGAAAAAAUCAAACCGGCCGCAGGGUAAAAUGUAGCUGGUGUGAAUGAGAUGUUAUUCGGCUUAUUCUGUAUAUUUUGAAUACAUGUAUAUGUUCAGUGUUUGAUGAUUUGUAUACAACAAAAUGGUGGCAUAUAGUAGCCCGCCCGUCAGUCUGUCAGCUUCUUGUGCGGAGCAUAGUUCAGGAAUUUUUUAAUUGGUUGAAAACUGCUUCAUAUAAUUAUUGAAUUGGUUAAAAUACUGACAGAAGGUCUUAAGGGACAGCGCAGAGUACAAGAACCAUAUCUGUCUUUAGAAUUUACAGAGUUAUAGGACUUAAGUUAAUUUUCGUGUUCAGAACAUAAUAGUUAAAGUUUUUCAAACAUAGCAGGGUCAAUGAAUAGAGGACAUGGAGAGAAAGUUUCAAAACCCGUUAUUCUUUCUACAGUAGGUUUUGGAGUUAUUUGUCUUUUCUUCAUUUUUUGGCAGCACACAAAAAAUAUUUAAGGGACACAAAUUAUAAUAUAAUAAUACAAUACUUUGAGAGAAACUUUGUAUUACAAGAAAGCAUUACUCUUUCAAAUUCUUUGAAAUUGAGUUAUUGCCCUUCAUUGAUUUUUUGUUAUAAAUGCACCUUGGGUGUUUACUACUCAUGGGAAGGUAACCCUUGGGUCAAAACAAUACUUCCGGGGCAAUAGUCAUUUUCAGUGACAUCACUUGUUUAACCCUUUGCAUCCUGGGAAAUUUGUCGUCUGCUAAAAUGUCAUCGGCUGAAUUUCUAAAAUAAGCUUUGAUUUUUUUCAAAGAAUACUAUCAGAUAUGCAAACAGUUUGGAUCCUGAUGAGACGCCACGUUCUGUGGCGUCUCAUCUGGAUCCAAAUUGUUUGCAAAGGCCUUCAAAAUUCGGUUCCAGCACUGAAAUGGUUAAGUGUAUAUGAAGCAAGGUUAGCUAAAAAGCUUCAACAGAUAGGAAACAACCAUAACUAUUUCAGAAAUUAGCUUUUAUAGCAGUCUUUUUUGUUCAUUCCAUUGUUAUUGAAUCAUUUAACAACUACAGCUAAUCUUAAUAUUUAUGAAAGCAAUGCAUGGUUUAGAUUAUAUUUUAUCAAUUUAACAGAAAUCUCAACUUUUGCAAUUUUACGUACAUCUAACCAUUUUAUAACAUGUGAUGAUAUUUUAUAUGUAACUUUAUAUUUACGGUGUGUGAUUACAAUUGUUAUGUAAUGUUCUGUUUUGUCCGUCAUCUUGUGGUUUACAAGAUUUUAUGCGGCAUUCAGGGAUUAAACAGUAACACAGGUAUUCCCAAACUUAAAAGGGACUCAUUUUCGCUUCAUUUUGUUUAGUGCUUAGCGUUUUUUGCUAUAUUUAUAUUUGUUUUCUGUUUUAUUUAUAUUGUAUGAUUUUCAUUUUCUCUAUACUUGAUAAAACAGUUGUUGAACAUAUUUAACUUUAGUAAAAAGGCACCAAUUUAUUUUAUGAAAUUAUUUAUAGACGACAUUCAAAUAAAAAUUCUUAUUUGUUUCUCAAUUGAAGAGGCCUAUUUAUACAAGCCAUGAAGAGGCAUGAAUAUGUGCGUACCAUACAGAUAAAUUCCGCAUAGUUUUGGUGUAAUAAAUUCCAAUUGGUUUAUCUUGUUUAAUGAUAUUUAAGCGACAAUUUUCAUGGUCGCAGUUUCAGGUACAUGAUUAAUGUGAUUUUAGCAUACUUUGUGAAUUAUUUCCCUUACUCAUACACGAAUAUAUUGUAUAUAUAACGCUUCUGUGGUGUUGGAUAUCAUUAAAAUUCAUGUGUACAACAAAUUAUAUUUGAAUAAUAUAUUUAAUGGAAGUGUCAUAAACUGUGUUCUUUAAGAUGGUCGAGCGAUUUUUAACUCCACGAUAUUCCAUGUAACUAAUGUUUGAUAUUGUAAAUUCUCUUUGCAGUUCAAUACCUUAAUGCAUAACUUUAUGCCACUCAUGUAGAACUAUAUACAAUUCUACAAUACUGAUAAUGGAAUUUGGUAAAUGAGGAACCAUCAUAAGAAUAUUAAUAAAAUCAUAAAGCGUUAAAAAAACGAAACAAAUUAAUGAUUUUGUGGCGUUUUUUGUUGUGUUUAUGUUUUGUCAAAAAACGUGGAUUGCUUAUAUAAAGUAUCAAUUGUAGUAUGUUUUUUAACAGCACUGAUUGCCGAUUGGUGUUAGCGAUAGCAUUUAAUCCUAUGGUCAGUGAUUCGAGCCCAGGCGGGGGGGGAAAAGUUUUUAUCUUUUUUGUUUCUUUCUUAAAUUAUUUUCUUAUUUUGAAAUGGAGCUUUUUUGUUCCGUUUUUGCAUGCAUCAAUUAGAACAAUAUAAUGAAGAACUUCAAAUAACAAAUGUGGGAAUCUGUGAACAAGUCCCAUUUAAAUAAUAUAGAAAUUAAUUAGUUCCAAUAUUCAAGUAUGCUACAAGGAGCUUUAUUUUCCCUUUGAUUUAGUUUCUACCAUAUAUUAUGCAUGUACUAUUUAGUUUUGUGAUCAUGUAAUAUACAUGUAUUGUUAUUUCAUAUCAUUAAGAUCUGCUGAUCAUAUACAAAAUCGGUAUUCUUUAUUAUUUCUACACAUAUUAUAUUUUAAAUUAAUAUGAAGGGUAAGAAAUUAACAACAUUUCUAUGGCGUUUUACCAAUAUUUUUAUGCAACUAUAAUAAAAAAGACUGUCCAUAGCUGACUGAUUUUCCUGUUGAAAUGUAUGAGACAUUCCUGUUAUGUGUUUGGAGUGUACAGUUUGAGCAUUUAUGAUCUCAUUUGUUCGACUGGAGUUGUGAUUAAUGGACUCCGACUAGUGACGGAUUUCUUGAUGACGUAUCUUAAUCAUUAUCUUACGUAACUGCAAAAGGGUUCUACUUACUGCUUUGUAUUGGUCGUUUAUGAUUUUUAUGUCCCCCAGUCUAUACUGGGGGACAUAUUGUUUUUGCCCUGUCUGUUUGUUUGUUUGCGUCAAUCUUUAACAUUGGCCAGAACUUUUGCAAUAUUUAUGAUAGCAACUUUAUAUUUGGCAUGUAUGUGCAUCUCAUGGAGCUGCACAAUUUGAGUGGUGAAAGGACAAGGUCAUCCUUCAAGGUCAAAGGUCAAAUAUAUAUGGAAGGGGGACAUUGUGUUUCACAAAUAUAUCUUGUUAUAAUUUCGUUUGCAUUCCAUUCAUAAGCUUCUAUAUCGAUAAUAACAUGCAAUCAUAUCAUUUUUUAAAAGCUGCGGAUAUGGGGAUGAGAAAAUGAAAGCAUGAACGCCGCAUUUAUAUAUAUAUUCAUAUAAAUGAAAGCCGCAUAUAUAUAAAAAAAACUUGAAAGCCAUGUACAUUUGUAUAUCUGUAUAUCAGCUUAACCCUUUUCAUGCUGGGAAAUUUGUCGUCUGCUAAAAUUUCGUCUGCUGAAUUUCUAAAAUUAGCAUUUUCUUUGAUUUUUUUCCAAGAAUACUAUCAGAAUAGCAAACAGUUUGGAUCCUGAUGAGACGCCACGUUUUGUGGCGUCUCAUCAGGAUCCAAACUGUUUGCAAAGGCCUUCAAAAUUCGGUUCCUGCACUGAAAGGGUUAAGAAUGCGUUACAAGAGUUAUUAUUUUACACUUCAACGCAGUUUAUUUAUUUAUGUUUACUAUUUUAUGCACUUUUUAGAUAAACACACAUAUUAUUGAAUUUUUGGAGUUGUGAGAAACACAAUUAUUGUGUAUAUUAUAAAUUGUUAUAGUUACAAAUAAUUUUUAUAGUCACAAACAAGAUUUUUUGUAUCGGUCGGUGAUUCAUGAUUAUUGGAUUGUAAUAAUGUUGUUCAUAUAUUGAAUUCGUUGUUGAUUGUUGUCUUACAUGUGUUGUCCUGUUUGUAUAGGAUUUGGUUUAAUUGUUUAGUUAUCACUAUAAUAACUAGAAAAAUGGCGCGGCAGAGGCCGACGCAUACCCCAGGCCGAAUAGAUGUUACAUUAAAAGGCAAUUUUGGAUGGGCAAGGCCUAUGUUGGUGGCGCCCCGGGGUGGGUAAUGUGAAAAUGGAUGGUCGAGAUAGACUUUUUUGUCAUAAGAGAUGUUCAGUACUAAUUUGGUGAAUAAAUGAAGAAGUUAUGUUAAACCAGAAAAAAAAUUGGGUACGAAAAAAAUUUGGGUACAAAAAAUAAAUGGGUAUGAAAAAAUAAUGCCAAACAAAAUUUCGAUACGAAACAAAAAUUGGAUAGGAAAAAAAAAAUUGGGUACAAAACAAAAAUUUUGGGAAAAAAAAAAUUGGGUACCAAAAAAAAAAUGUGGGCGUGAAACAAAUUUUGGGUAUGAAAAAAAUUUGGGAAAAAUAAUUGGGUCCAAAAAAAUUUGGGUUCAAACAAAAAUUUGGGUAUGAAAAAAACUAGUACGAAGAAAAUGGGAACGAAGAAAAUGGGAACGAAAAAAAAUGGGUACGAAAAAAAAUUAGGAAGUAGUACCGGUGGACCUCUCGAUAAAUUUGAAAGAGGACGGGGACCAAGCUGCCUUUACCUUUAUCAAUGGCCCUGGGGUGGGUAAUGUGGACAUGGGUGGUCGAGAUAGACCGGGUUUUCAUAAGAGAUGUCCAGUAUUAAUUUAAAGUCAAUUGGUGAAUAAAUGAAGAAGUUAUGCUUAAACAAAAUUUUGGGUGGGCAUGGUCGGGCACUAUCUCCUACACUAUUAGCACUAGAACCUUGAAACUUGCACACAUGGUAGCAAUAAGCAUAUGUGCGACGGUGCACUAUUUGGAAUUUUUAUAUGAUCCCUGGGUCUAAAGCUAUUAUCAUGUGGGUCGCAUGUUGUUAGUAAAAUGAGUUUUUUACCAAUUUCACCCAUUUAUUAACCCAUAACUUAUGGUCCAGGGGUCAGAUCAAAAUUCCGUCGCCGUCACCGUCGCACAUAUGCUCAUAGCUUCCAUGACUUUUUUUUAGUGUAAGUUUCAAGGUUCUUGUGCUAAUAGUGUAGGAGGAGAUUAUAAGUGGCCAGGACUGACGGACAGAAAGCGGAGAUCAAUACAAUAUCCCAUGCUUUUAAAAGCGUGGGGAUAAAAAGCCUAUCGGACGGUCACACUUUUUUCUCUCCUUAUACUCUGGAGUAUCAUUAAUUCUUUAUUUUUACAAAAUCACCAUUGAAAUGAAAACGAUAAAUAAAUAUUGCAGUAAAUCGAUCAAGUUGCAGAUAUAAGUUAUAUAUAUAUAUAUAUAUAUAUAUAUAUAAUCUAUAAUUGUUGUGUUAACAUUUGCGGGAAUUCCAAAUGUAUUAGUUGGUCUCAAUUGCACACGAAGUAUAAUUUACAGAGGGAGAAUUGAAUAACCGUAUUGUUUAUAAUCCCCCGCCAUAGGCGGAGGGAUAUUGUUUUGGCGUUGUCCAUCUGUCCGUCUCUCCGUCCGUCUGGAGCCAUAUUUUGAAAGUGCUUUGGUAGAUUUCAUUGAAACUUGGUGUGAGUAUAAAUAUGGAUAAGAGGAUGAUGCACGCCAAAUGGCAUUGUACAAAAUCUGUUAACGUAGUUAUGGCCCUUUGUAUCUUGAAAAAAUGCUUUUUAAUAUAAGCUUACAGCUUUAUCUACAUUAACACAUGAGCCAGAGCUAUGAAACUUGCCAUAGUUGUUCUCAAUCAUUUGGGGGUGCUUCACAUUCAACACCCAUAAUCCUAGGGGCUAAUGUCAAAGUCACACAUUGAGGUCAAAGAUCACAAAUUUGAUGAAUUAUUCAUCAUUAAGUCAUUCCUUUACUAUGCAAUGAAACUUUCUAUAGUUGUUCUUAAUCAUCUGGGGGUUGUGAACAUUCAACGCCCAUAAUCCUAGGGGCUAAGGUCAAGGUCACACAUUGAGAUCAAAGGUCUACACACAUCCAUAAACAAAAUUUAUUUGGCGGGGAUAUCCAUUCAACGAAUUUGCUUGUUAAAAGAGUAACACAACCAUGUUAAACCAUGGUCUCGUGCAAAUUCCCAAUUUUUCUCGCAUUCAAUUAAACAAUGUAAUAAGCAUUGAUUUGUCAUUAAGCAUGUUUGCGAGUGUGUGCGAUUGUUUAUGUGAUGAUAUAAGCUUAAUUGUAUUUUAAAUUAAAUCGGCAUUUGCCUUCGAA